UGGAGAGCAGAACCCAGCCCAAACCCGCAGCGCUCCCGAAACCCCUCUCGACCACUCGGCGCUUCCAAAAGCAAUAGAGUGUACAGGCGCGCGCGCCCGCUACGUCCGCUUCCCGAGCGCUGCGGUUGGACGUGCCUUAACAAAGCGACGGGGAUCCUCAUUUUGAACAGGCAUCUGGGAAGGCGACUAAGGGGCAUCUUCGACACCCCCUCCGUCGGGUCCAGUUCGGCUGCAGACUAUCUGACGAAGCGUAAACUUGAGGAAAAGUUGUUCUUUAGAAACAUAUACGAAAUGUACAGUAAAGCUCGGAGGCCUUUUUUUUUUUUGUAAAGUGUAAAUAAGAGUGCGGGACCGAAGUGCUGCUCCGCCGUGAAGAAUCCCUACAGUCCUAAAAUGGCACUAAGUGAACAACCAGACCCAUAGGUGUGUCGGAGGCUUCUCGCUGGCUCACCUAUGUCUCCGAAAGUGCCGGUGCAGAGCAGGGCUGAGGAUACCGCCGUGCAAGUGGCCGUUAGAGUUCGGCCUCUGCUGCCCAAGGAGCUUCUUCACAGCCAUGAAAGCUGCAUCACUGCUGACCCGGAGCAGAAGAGGGUCACGCUUGGCCAUGACCACCACUUCCACUGUGACUUUGUGUUUGAAGAGAAUAGCAGCCAGGAGGAAGUGUACUCUGCCUGCGUUCAGCCGCUCAUUGAGGCCUUCUUCCAGGGCUUCAACGCCACCGUCUUUGCAUAUGGACAGACGGGCUCUGGCAAGACGUACACCGUUGGAGAGUCUAAUAUCUCCUCCUUCCGAGAUGAUGAGCAGGGCAUCAUCCCGCGGGCUGUGGCAGAGGUUUUCAAGCUGCUGGAUGAGAAUGACCUCACUGACUUCUCAGUCAGAGUCUCCUACUUGGAGGUGUACAAGGAAGAUUUCAGAGACCUGCUGGAGGUGGAGACGGCGAGUAAAGACAUCCACAUCCGGGAGGAUGACAAGGGCAAUGUUGUGUUGUGUGGCGUGAAGGAGUGUGAAGUUGAGGGUCUGGAUGAGGUUCUCAGCCUUUUGGAGAUGGGAAACACAGCCCGACACAGAGGUGCCACACAGAUGAACCCCUGCUCAAGCCGCUCGCACACCAUCUUCACCAUGCACAUGGAACAGCGGCGUGGCAGUUCCAAGGCCUCAAGCGCUCAACCCCACCUUAUCACCAGCAAGUUCCACUUUGUAGACUUGGCUGGGUCAGAGCGUAUCCUUAAGACUGGUAAUACUGGAGAGCGGCUCAAGGAGAGUAUCCAGAUCAACAGUGGGCUCUUGGCCCUGGGCAACGUUAUCGGGGCCCUCGGAGACCCCAAAAGGAGAGGCACAUACAUCCCAUACAGGGACUCUAAAAUCACAAGGAUCCUCAAAGACUCACUGGGUGGGAAUGCCAAAACACUAAUGGUCGCCUGCAUUAGCCCCUCUUCCUCAGAUUUCGAUGAGAGCCUCAACACACUGAAUUAUGCCAAGCGAGCCCGGAAUAUCCACAACCGGGCUACAGUGAAUUGCCAGGGGGAAGUUGACCGCACAGAGGGGCUGGAGAUGCAAAUUAGGGCCCUACGGCGAGCCCUGGAAAACCGACACAGGUCAGAGACACGAAUCAUUGCCCGGCAAGAUCCUGAGCGGAAGCCAAGGGCUGCUGGGACUGAGCUUGCCAGGCUACAGGUGGAAAGCGCCCACUACCGGCGUUGCACAGACAGUGCCUACAGACUGCUGAUGGAGCUACAGGGGGAGGGGGUACUCAGCACUGCCCAGGCACUACGUGUGAAGGAAUGGUUGUGUGCUGUGGAGGAGGAGCGCAGUGAACUGACCACCGCCUCUGGCCUGGACAGUGGCAUCGAGAGCACAUCCACUGAGGAGAGCACAGCACAUAGCAAAGGGAGGGUGCCCACUAAGAACCAGGCACCUGAACAUGGGAGUGAGGAGUGGGAAAGGGAUCGCGAAGUCAGCGUUGCACAGCUGCAGGCUCGAGUUCAGCAGUUGGAGAGAGAGAACACAGACUUCCUGGCUGCUCUGGAGGAUGCCAUGGAGCAAUACAAACAGCAGAGUGAUAAGCUUCAAGAGCAGCAGGAUGUUAUAGUGGAGUUGUACAGCUUCAUGGCACACCCAGGGCAGCUGGAGCUGGUGCACCUGAAACCCAGGCCACACACCGCCCCCAUGAACUCCAUCCGUCCCCCAGCUGUUGGUGUGGGUCACUGUGUGCUCUACCCCGGUGGAGAUGGCAAAAGAAGCUCUUCAAAAAAGAUUGGCCCAGCUUACUAUGUGGAAAAGGGAUUUUGUGGGCAUCAACUUCAGGAAGAGCGUGCACACCUAAGGCCAGGAAGCAGAAACUCAUUUCGGGACCGAGAACCUCCAGGACAGAGUGAGGUGGAGGAUGAUAAUGAAGAGGAGCGGGAAGACACUUGCAUCAGACUGGGUCGUGAUGGGCAGAGACGCAACUUCACAUGGAUGAUGAGAGAGAUGCAGUGUGUGGGUUUAGCAGGACGGAUGAAGGGCCAUCUGUCACUGGUGCUGGAGAAGGACCAUUUUCUACAGUCAUCCUGUCACAAGCGUACAUCCGUCUGCAGUGGUCGAAGGAGCUCACAGCAGGACUCCCUUGGUGGCCCAUGCUCUGACUGGGGGCUCAUCCAAGCACAGCAGAAGAUCCGGGAAUUGUCCAUCAACAUCCGAAUGAAAGAGGAGCUCAUCAAAGAGCUGGUGAAGACAGGGAAGGAGGCUCAGGUUAUGAACCGGCAAUAUAGCCGGAAGAUAUCUGAGCUGGAGGGAGAGGCAGAACAAGCAAGGGCUGAGCUCACCGAGGCACAGAGACAGCUACAAGACCUGGAGGUACAGGAGACCCGUAACCCAGAUGAUAAGUCCAAGGCCCAAGAGUGCCGCAGGAAGAUUGCAGCUGCACAGAGCAAAGUGCAGGUCCUCAAGCAGAAGCAGAGGGACACGGCAAAGCUGGCCUCCCUGUCUGCACAGACUGAGCGCCGUGUGCAGGACCUAGAGAGGAACGUGCAGAACAUGCGUCAGCAGCAGGACCUGCUCCAGCGCCGCCUACGCCAGGAAAGCCAGCAGAAGCGACGGCUAGAGAGUGAGAUGCAGAAGGAGAAGAACCGAGUCAGAGAGCUGGAGGAAAUGAAUGAGCAACAGCAGAAGAUCCUGAGGAUCAAGACCGAGGAGAUUGCCGCAUUCCAGAAGAAGAGGCGCAGUGGAAGCAAUGGCUCUGUCGUUUCAUUGGAGGAGCAGCAGAAGAUGACGAGCAAGAGGAAAAACCCAUCCCCUACUGAUAGGUCUGGCAAGAAGCCGAGGAAGACUCUCGAUUUGGAAUUGAAAAUGAAGAAAAUCGAGGAGCAGAAGCGGUGGCUUGAUGAGGAGAUGGAGAAGGUUCUGGAGCAACGAAGGGGCCUGGAGGACCUGGAAGGUGAGCUAACAAAGCGGGAGGAAAUCCUGGCCAAGAAAGAAGCAUUACUCCAGGAGAGAAGUGGUCUGGAAAACAAGAGGCUUCUCUCUAGUCAGGCCCUGAGUAAAGACUUGGUGCUGCUGUCUGGUCGCAUCGAGACCUUGGAGCGCGAACUCAGCGAAAGGAAUGGUCAGCUUCGUACUAGCAGUGCCCAGGAUUCCCAGCAGCUGCGCCAGGAGAUCUCUAACCUGCGCCUGGAAAAGGACCAACUAUUGAAGCAGAGGACAGAGCUGGAUGAAAAGUUGCGACAGGGCAACCUCCUCUCCCCUGAGGAGGAGCGUACCCUGUUCCAGCUGGAUGAAGCCAUUGAGGCCCUGGAUGCAGCAAUUGAAUACAAGAAUGAGGCUAUCACCCAGCGGCAGAGGCAACUACGUGCUUCUGCUAGCAUGCUGUCCCAGUGGGAGAUGAACCUGAUGGCCAAACUCAGCUACCUCUCAGCGUCCGAGACCCGAGCCCUGCUCUGUAAAUACUUUGAUAAGGUAGUGUCUCUGCGUGAAGAGGAGCGCAGGCUACAGGUCGCCCUGGCAGAGCUUGAAAUGCGGGCGGAGGAACAGCAGCAGCUUGUCCUCUGGCUUGAGGCAGCACUGGAACGGCAGCAGCUGGACACUGACCGACGCCUCACACAGCAGCAGAAGGAGCAUGAGAGGAACGUGCAGCUCCUGCUACAGCAGUGCCGAGAUCAAAUGGACGAGGGCCUGGCUGGCAGACUGCGGCAGUACGACAGCUGGAUCCACAGUCUGCGCAAGGAGCUGAACCACUACAAGUAUGCUAAUCAGGAGCUGAGCAAUAAACUGCGGGAGAUGGCGGGGCAUCUCAGUCAGCCUGUGGAACAGGGCAAAGUUUUAAGCUGUGAGGAGGGAGCUGCCCACAGCAUGGAAAGGCUGGAAAACAGAGGGACUGAGACUGCAGCAGAGGACAAGAAGGAAAUGCGCGAGCUGGUGCACGCCCCCCUGCCUCCCACCUGGAGGCGCUCCUCCCUCCCCACAGAGGACCAGCAUGGCAUGGAGGAGUUGCGACUGCGUGCUGCCUGUGAGCUCCCUGCGAACAGAGUGCUUCAACCAAGCGUGGGCCCAGGGCACAAGAGUGGAGCCCCUCUGUCACUGACCAAACCACGGCGAGAACUGCGCAGAUCGAGCCUGAACACUGGGCCUCUUCUCUCCAAUGCUGUGAUGAUUGAUGUUAGAAAAAAUCCUGUUUAAAUGCAGGACCCCAUGUCCCCUCUUUUACAUUGUACUUAGUAUAUAUGUUGUAUAAAAAAGACAGGUUUUGUCAAUUAUGUAAUUAUUUGUUAUUACACAAGUUUAUAUGUAAUACAAUUUAAAAAUGUUACUCUGUAAUAGCUGUUCUGCUUCUG